AUGCAACUAGCGAUCACAUAUGAUGCUCAUUUUGUGGAAUUGCGCUCAUCCUUCUCAUCGAGUGGGUUUAAGAAGAAUUUUUCGAAGGGUUCUUAUUCUGUGGAGUAUCCACAACCACUCCAAUCAAGUGGUUCAAGUCAGAAGCCUGUAGUGCCAGCGUUUCCUUCAACAGCACCGGCUAGGCGUUUUUCUCAUGAAGAUUUACAAAAAAAGAGGGAUUUGGGAAUUUGUUACACUUGUGAUGAAAAGUGGACACCACGACAUCGUUGCAAGGGCAAGCUCUUCCUUCUGGUUGGGGAACCUGAAGAGUCAAUGACUGAUGAAGUUGCGGAGGAGCAAAUUGUGUGGAAAACAGAUGCAACUCAUGAGGAUUCUAAUGAAGCUGCCUUGCAUUCCCUUGAGGGUGAAAGUAAUCCUAGAGCACUUCAGUUUCGUGUGCACUUUAGAAGCAGGUUAGUGGCCAUUCUUGUAGAUUCGGGAAGUUCCCACAAUUUUAUACAAAAACAAUUGGUGGACAGCAUUGGAUUGCCAACAGUGAAGGUCCCUAAGAUGCGUGUAUUCUUAGGGAAUGGGGAGUUUUUAACAUGUGACAGGAAGUGUUUAUCUGUUCCUUUACAGAUUCAAGGAUAUGCCUUUGCUGUUGAUCUUUGGGUAAUUGAAUUAUCCAACUUGGGUGUGAUAUUGGGAAUUUCUUGGCUGAGUAGUUUGGGCCGAGUCAUUCACGAUUAUGCAGAAUUGACGAUGGAGUUUAUGACCAGGGAUGGUAGAGUAAUUUUAAAAGGAGAAGGGUUUGGUGAAGCCAAGGGACCACCUGACCAGCAAUGUUACUACAUGCAAGGUGAUAAUGCAACUGGGAUAGUGCCUGAACUGAUGGAGUGGAAACCGAAGGUACCUGUUGCUAUAUGGAACAUUUUGGUGCGUUUCCAUCCUGUCUUCCAGUUACCCCAAGGGCUGCCACCAACCAGGGGUUGUGAUCAUGCCAUCCAUUUAAUUGAGGGAGCUAAACCUGUCAGUGUAAGACCGUACAGGUAUGCUCAUCACCAGAAAGGGGAGAUUGAGAAGCAAGUGUCAGACUUGUUAGCUUCUGGUUUAAUUAAGGAGAGUAGGAGUCCUUUUUCAUCUCCUGUUUUGUUGGUGAGGAAGCAAUAUGACUCUUGGAGAAUGUGUAUUAAUUAUCGUGCGUUGAAUAAAAUUACAAUCAGGGAUCGUUUUCCAAUCCCCACUAUCGACGAGCUAUUGGAUGAGUUGAAUGGGGCAAGGGUAUUUAGCAAGUUGGAUUUGCGCAGUGGAUAUCAUCAGAUUUUGUUGAGACCAGAAGACACUCUCAAAACAACCUUCCGAACUCAUGAAGGUCAUUAUGAGUUUCUAGUCAUGCCCUUUGGGUUGACUAAUGCUCCUUCCACCUUCCAAGCGGCUAUGAACCAUAUGUUUAAGCCUUUCCUUCGGAAGUUUAUUACGGUAUUCUUUGAUGAUAUCUUGAUUUACAGUAGGUCUAUAGAAGAGCACUAUGAACACCUUUCUGUGGCCCUGGGCUGUUUGCAAGAGAACCAGUUCAGAGUGAAGCUUAGCAAAUGUGGAUUUGCAUUGGAAGAAAUCGAUUACCUUGGUCAUUUGGUUUCUGGAUAG